AUGGAUAAGUAUGAAGAUCCAAAAAGAGUAUACACACCAAAGGAUAUAGCAUCAGAUAUGAGGAAACAACAUGGUUUAACAAUGACUUACAUGCAAGCUUAUAGAGACAAGGAAAAGGCAUUAAACAUGUUGCGAGGGGAUCCAACUGAAUCAUACAAUAAGUUACCGAGCUACUUUUACAUCCUGGAAAAGACAUAUCCGGGCUCAGUUGUUAGUUUGGAAAAAACAGCAGAAGACAGUUUCUUGUAUGCAUUUGUAGCAUUGGAACCUUGUAUUAGAGGAUGGGAGUAUUGUAGGCCUAUAGUAGUUGUUGACGGCACCCAUCUAAAAUCAACUUACGAAAGAACUAUGCUAAUAGCAAGCACACUAGAUCCAGGAGGUAGUAUACUGCCACUAGCAUAUGCAAUAGUUGAUUCGGAGAAUGAUGCAUCUUGGACAUGGUUCUUUGAGAGAUUUAGGAUAGCUUUUGGUGAAAGGGAGAAUAUGCGCGUUGUAUCAGAUAGACAUGAUAGUAUAUGGAAAGCUUCUGCAUUAGUAUAUCCCGGGCUGACUCAUUAUGCAUGUAUUUGGCAUUUGUGGAAUAAUUUACUUAAGAAAUGCAGGGGAAAUAAAGAACAGGUCAGGAGACUAUACUUUGCAUUAGCUAAAGCAUACACUCUUCAAGAAUUUAGUGAACUCAUGGGAAGGCUAGACACAAUAGAUAAGAAGUUUGGUGUAUACUUAUUUGAUAGUGGCAGCAUUGCCAAAGCUAGAGAAUUUCCAGUCUGUAAGUUAAUGGAUUACAUGAGACAAUUGAUUGAAACUUGGAAUGAAAAACACAGUGAAGAAGGGAGAAAUACAUUCACUGAUCUUACUAAUGAGUACAAUGACGCUUAUGAGGAUAACAAGGAAUUAUCACACCGCAUGACUGUAAGGGCUUCCACUGAAUUCCUACAUACAGUGACAGAUGGUAUGAAGAGAUUUAGUGUGUGUCUUCGAAGUAAGAUUUGUAGUUGUGGAAGGUUUCAACUUGAUGAGAUACCAUGUGGACAUGCUUUGGCUGCUAUAAUGUACAGGCACCAACAUGGAGAGGACUACUGCUCUGCCUACUACAGCAAUAAAAAUUUCAAAGAUACAUAUGCCAUACCAGUGGAACCUCUUCCAUGCGAGAGUACAUGGGAGAUACCAUUUGAUGUGUUGGAACAAAUUGUUUUACCACCAGAUUCUAAAAGACCUCCAGAGAGGCCAUCAUUGAAGAGAAUGAAACCAUUUUAUGAGGUGAAAUUUAAGAGGGCAAAGAUGACAUGUAGCAAGUGUGGCAUAGAGGGGCACAACAAGAAGACAUGUAGCAAUUUGCCCAAAUGA